AUGGCUCUUCAGGAUGUUUGUGGUUUCCUGGAGACUCUUGAUGACAUCAGCCCAUGCACUUACCUACCAAACGAGAUGGGAUACAUGUGGAGGACACCGUUUGAGUUUGACAGAGAUAGUGCUUUUCAUUUUCUUUUCCCCCCUCAGCAGUGCAGCAGAAAAAACAGAGCACCAACUCUUUUCUCUUCAACUUUCUCCAGUCUGUCACCUCAUCAACAACCCUUUCAGCUAUCCCAUGGUACCACAACUUUGGGUUUUAUAUUUCAGGAUGGCGUGAUAGCUGCUGCAGACACUCGUGCCAGCUGUAAAGGUCUAAUUUGCUGCCCGAUAAGUCAAAAGAUUAUGCCUAUCCACUCUCACCUGGUGGUCAACACCUCGGGCAGUGGUGCCGAUUGUAUGCUGUGGGAACGGAUUCUUACCCGUGAGAUGAGGCUUUACCAGCUUCGUCAUCGCAAGAGACUAAGCAUCAAUGGGGCUGCAAAACUGCUCUCCACGAUGCUUCAUCCAUUCAAAGGCACUAAUGUGUGUGUGGCAGCUACUCUAUGUGGAUGGGAUGGAGAAGAAACUCAAGAUACACUACAGUCCUGCAUGGAAAUCGCAGAUGUUAAGGAAGCAGUGGAACAGGAUAGCAAUGUAUCCGCAAUUUCAGAUGUAUCUGCUCAAGGUGGUGUGAAAAUGGCCUCUAUAAAUGAGCAGGAUGAGAUCUCAAAGGACACUCAAGCACUGAAUCCAACUGUGUCAAAUCAAAAUACAAAAAACGUUCUGUCUACUUUUGGAGGACGGUCUGGUCCCAGGGUGUGCUAUGUUUGCAGUGAUGGCCUGCAACUGAAAGGAGAGAUAAUAUCAGUGGGCUCAGGGUCACCCUAUGCGUACGCUGUGCUUGAUGAUGGUUGGAGAUGGGGAAUGACUGUGGAUGAGGCAGUGGCACUGGCCCGGGAGGCUGUUUUCAGAGCCACUCACUGGGACGCCUACUCUGGGAAUAAUGUAGACCUUUUCCACAUCACUGCCCAUGGCUGGAGACGCAGAGACAGAGAAGAUCUGAAGGAGGAGUACUACAGAGAGAGGGAGAGAGAGAAGAAGAAGAUCAAGGAGAGGGAGAAAGAGAGACAGAAAAGAGAGGGGGAUGAGCUGGUUGAAGGGGAAGGUGAUAUAUAUUCAGUACACUGUGGAUAG